CAUCAUAUUACAUGGUACCACUUCGGUUGAUUGAUAAAACUACGAAAACAGUUCAUUGGGAAAAUCCUCGGUCAUCAUCGAUUAAACUUUGUCGACCAAUAACAAUUUCUUAUGAAAAAGAAACUGACGAGCUUUGCAAAAAUCAAGAAAAAUGGCUCAGAUUCAAGAAUUGCAGGAUGUUUCUAUAGCUGGUUGUACUGUCCAAUUCGAAAUGAUAUUGACGAUGAUUGACGGAAAGGUUGUGAAAUCAAACACCCAGCUGGAAAUGAUUAUUAUAUAUUUAUAUUAUCAUAUAUAUGUGUGUAUGUAUGUAUAUAUGUACUACACUGGUAGAAAUCUGUCAAUUUAAAAAUAACUUAUAAUCUAGGAACUAGGCAAGACUUAUAAAGAUUUUAUUUAUUAAGGAUAAUAUUAUAUUGUUGUGAUUGACAAAUUUGGAAUGUUUUUUAUCCUUUCUUUUCGGGAUUUAAUACAAUGAAAAUGAUCUCAAAAUCCUCAAAAAGUAUAAAUUUAUUACUUGACUUAUUUUAUAAAGAAUAUUCAAGCAGAAAUAUGUAAUCUGAUUAAUUUUUAACAGUUUACACAAAUAACAAUCAAUAUUUGUCGACUAAAAUUUAUAAAAAAAUAAUAAUAAUUUAUAAAUUUAUAAAAGAAUUAGGAAAUCUGUAUAAACAAGUUCUGAAAUUAAUAUGACAAUAUUACCAGAUUAUGCCAGUAAGUGAAGACUGAAUGUCUAAAAAAAUUGAUUUCAAGCUUUUAAAAUGGACUGUUUCUAAAUUUCUAAUAGAACCGAUUUCUACCAGGGUAUGCAUAAUUACAAAUAAUUUACAAAAUAACGAUUAUAAAAAAUUGUGCUACAAUAAUGCAGAAGCUUUAACAGAAAAUUAGCUAACAUGUAAUCAACUGGCAUACAAUUUUACUGCAGAAAUUUUGGGAAGAAUUACGACCAUAAUGAUUUGUUUUAUUUUUACAAUAUAAAAAUACUUCAGACUAUUAAAGAGAAUAAAUAGUUGUCUAAAUUAGUUUACAAUACAUAUAUUAUUAAGAAAAAUUGGAGAUUAUGUAUGUUUUUAUCUGUAUAAUUAAAAAGAAACCUGUUCAUUAAUAAUGCAAUAUGAAAUACAUACGUAUAAUCCGCCAUAUUUUAUAGGCACCUUAAAGAGAACAAUUUAUGGUAGGUAAUUCUUGUAAAAAUUGUUGUAUGAUGCCCGCUAAAAUGUUUGCAGUUAUGUAACGGUCACGGCUCUUCUAGGUCCGGUGCAAAAUAUUUAUUUUAUAUUAUUAUCGAAGAGCUGUGAAAAUUUACUGCCCUGUGUCGUAUAUCUGACGACAGGUCAAAAAAGAGAAAGAAAGUUGAAUAUAAUUAAUGAUUUACGCCGCUGCAUGCUCGCUUUUGUUACGUAAUCUUUGUUAUGCUCCUCUCUCGCCGCUGCUGGCGACUCUGCGGUGUUGUUUACGUGCCAGAGCGGGGUAGCGAAGCAUUCUUGUGUUUCUGAAAAAUAGUUGAGUGACUUUAGAAUUUAUGAAUUAUAUUAUAUUGAUUUGAUUUUAAUUUAGGCCGCGAAUCGUGUGCGGGGUAUCGCAGUUAUUCCUGUAAAGAUUGUCUACGAUUUUUUGCAGGCUUUUUCUUAUAAAGGAAAAAUCGAAGACCUCUCUAUAGACAAUUCAUUUUGUUGUUCCUUCAUAAAAUUAUUUAACUUUUAGGUUUGCAAUGCUCUUAACGAUUCAUCGAGUCAAAGAUGUUUUGUAUGUGAUGCCACUAUAAGAAAAUUCAACGAUAUUGAUAAUAUGAUUGAAAGAAAUAUAAAAUCAUACUCUCUUAAAUAUGGAUUUUCAAUCUUACAUGCAAACAUUCGGUUCAUGGAACUAGUCCUUCAUAUUUCUUAUCGUCUGGCAUUGGAAGUUCCAGUAUGGAGAGUUCCAAAAGUUUUUGAAGCAGUAACAAAUCAAAAGAAAAAAGAGAUUCAAGAUCAACUUAAAAGUGAAUUAAGUAUAUUGGUAGAUGCGCCAACGCAGGGAUCUGGUAUUACUAAUAAUGGUAAUACUGCUAGAAAAUUUUUUAAUAAUAUUGACGUUGUGGCUCGAAUAACUGGAUUCAAUGAACACUUGUUAUACAGAUUUAAAGUUAUUUUGGCAGUUAUUUCAUCAAAUUGCUUAGUAAAUAAUGCAGCAUUUGGUGCUUAUUGCAAAGAGACGGCAUUCAAAUACGUAGAGCUCUACAACUGGUAUAAAAUGCCUACAUCAAUGCAUGUCAUUUUAAUACAUGGCCACGUCAUUAUGAAAGAAUUAAGUUUACCUAUUGGGAUGCUUAGUGAAGAAGCCCAAGAAAGGUUGCAACAAACACGGAUAUGUUUUGUGGCGUAUUUGUAAAUUCCGAUCCUUAUCUUUCACUAUUAGACAUCGAAGAAAAAAAAAAGCUCAAUGACUCAGGAGAUGAAAAAUCUGUUAUUAGAUUAUACAGAGUCAGCAGAUGAUGACAACACAGACUAUUCAGACACUGAAUAAAACUAUUAAUUUCGGUGUAAAUAUGUACAUAUAUAUGUUUUUUUGUAAAUAAUUUUGUAUAAUGUAUAUAAUAUAAUAUA